UUCACAGCCCUCCAUUAUGCGGCUAAGUAUGGUCACGUAAAAGCGGUCGACCUGCUGCUGAAAAAGGGAGCUGCGGUUGACGUGAUUGGAAGAGAUCAGUUCACUCCGCUGCACGUCACAGCCAAGUACUGCCGGUCGUCCGUUUCGCAGUUCAUCGACGCAUCCGCGCACAGCGUUACUCCUCGCCAUAUGACAGCCGACGUCACGACCGCAAUAGUGGAUCUACUCGUGGGACGUAAGGCAGAUGUAAAUGCAAAAGAUGCCUAUGGAAUGACACCGCUCCACCAUGCGGCCAUGAAAGGAAACGAGCCUGCCGCCAAGGCUCUCAUGAAACACCAUGCCGACGUGAAUGCUAAGGCUGUGAAAAGGAACGACACCCUUGUGCUGACGGCGUGCGUCCACGGAUCCGACGAAAUCAUCCAAAUGCUUUUAUCAAACGGAGCCGACACGUCGGGUACCGACAGAAGGAUGAAUUCCGUUUAUCACAUAGCAGCCCACCAUGGACGAACUGACACACUGAAGUUAUUGCUUCAACAUGGUACUCGUAUAGGCAGAUAA